AAUGAACGUUAAAUAUAAGGAUGGCUUGUAUAAAUUUUUCUAUUUACCGAUACUAUUUCACGAAACUAUACCGGGUCAUAGUUUACAAAUAAUUACGUAUAGCUCGAAAAAUAUUACAAAAAUUGAUAUUGGUCUUGAACUAACACCAUUUGGUACUGCAAGCUUUGCGGCGUCUAUUGAAGGUUGGGGUCUAUACGCUGAGUAUUUAGCGAAAAGAUUAAAUUGCUACAGGACAAAUUUGGAUUUGGUUGGUCAUUAUUCAUUUUUACUUUUAAGAGCUAGUCGAUUGGUUGUUGAUACUGGCAUCCAUGGCUAUGGGUGGUCGUAUGAUAGAUCCGUAUCUUACCUCCUGAAAAAUACACUUUUCAAUAAGGAAGGGGCAAAAUCAGAGGUGAAAAGAUACUUUACCUAUCCCGGACAGGCUACAAGCUAUUACAUAGGAUAUUUAUCAAUAACAAACGCUUUGUCUAAAGCGGAAAAAAAAUUAGGCCUAUUAUUCAAUUUAAAACAUUUUCACGAAGUUGUACUAGAAUCACUGAAAUACGGACCACUAGAGACAAUGGAAGAAGCUGUUGAUGACUUAAUAGAUUAUACUCUCAGCUGCUCUAAUGGAGAUAAACAAUGUCGAAAAGAAAAGUAUAGACAUCUCAAUUAUUUGAAUAUUACAACCAUUCAAACAUCGUCUAAGUCUUCGUCCUUAAAUCAGUUAUCCCUUAUCUCUUCGAUGGCUUAUCAAAUAUUUCUAUUUAUAGUAUUUACAUUGUAA